GGAAUCACACCGAGGUAUCGUUUUGAUUGUUUUUAGUUUGCGUAACGCACCCCAUUUGCACACGACCCGCCUGACCGCUUUCAGCCCUCUUUACUGGUUCGUAGCGUUUUUGCUGCAAAUCCUUUCUCUCCCACGGUCAUGGCUUCCCAGUGCCCUUUGCUGACCUUGAGCAACGGCGUGCAGGUGCCACAAAUUGGCAUCGGCACGUGGGGGGCGAAGGACGACAACGAAACGGUUCAGAACGUCAAGUGGGCUGUUGCCGCAGGAUACCGGCACAUCGACACAGCGAGCUUCUACAAGAACGAGAAGAGUGUCGGCGAGGGCAUCCGCGCAUGCGGCGUUCCUCGCUCGGAGCUCUUCGUGACGACAAAGCUGUGGAACGACGACCACGGCUACGACAACGCGCUCGCUGCGUUUGAGCAGAGCCGCGCGGCACUCGGCGUCGACUACAUCGACCUGUAUUUGAUACACUGGCCAGGCCAGAACCGCACGUACAUCGAGACGUGGCGUGCGUUGGAGAAGCUCUACGCGGAGAAGAAGGUGCGCGCGAUUGGUGUGUCGAACUUUGAGCCGCACCACCUCGAGGACUUGCUGGCGAACUGCAAGGUGCCACCGAUGGUGAACCAGGUCGAGAUGCACCCGCUGUUCCAGCAGAGCACCGUGCGCAAGUUCUGCGUCGAGCACAACAUCGCCGUCACCGGGUGGCGUCCGCUAGGCAAGGGCAAGUUGCUUACCGAGCCGCGCCUUAUCGAGGUGGCGGAGAAGCACAAGAAGGCUGCGUCGCAGGUGAUCAUUCGGUGGUUCCUCCAGCUUGGUGUGAUUGUCAUUCCAAAGUCGAGCCACGAGGAACGCAUUCGUGAAAACUUCGACGUGUUCGACUUUGAGCUGUCGCCGGAGGACCUGCAAGUGAUCGCGUCGCUCGACACAAACAACCGUAUCGGUGGUGACCCCGACACCUUUUUCCCCACCUCCAAGAAUUAG